UGUGCCGGAUACACAACCAGAAACUUACAUCGUAGUACAUCGUUCAUACACAGCGGCAGGACUGAGCCCGAGAGUUCCUAUAUAGCACAACCGCUGCAGAGCUCAGCCGUGCCUGCCGCGUCUACUCUUUGCUAUCGCCCCGGCACCAGGAAAAGGGAUGAAUUAUUACUGAAUUAAACAGGAAUUGGAAAGUGUACAUAUGGAAAAGAUAGGAAUCGCUGUAGACAGAAAAUCUCCAAUAACUACAGAGUUAAACACCAUGGAUAGAAUCCUCCAAAACUCUGAAAGUGAAGGUUCGACUACAGAACCAAAUUUGGUUGACCAGUGUAGUCCUGUUGCAGAGGGUCAGCAGUCAUGUGGCUCUGCUACAAGGAGUGAGCAGGCAAACGCCAAUGUACUGAGUACUCCAAGAAAGAGGAAGACUGACUUUGAUUUGCCAUCUAAGAAAGCGGAAGGUUCGGCUACAGAACCAAAUUUGGUUGACCAGUGUAGUCCUGUUGCAGAGGGUCAGCAGUCAUGUGGCUCUGCUACAAGCAGUGAGCAAGCAAACGCCAAUGUACUGAGUACUCCAAGAAAGAGGAAGGCUGACUUUGAUUUGCCAUCUAAGAAAGCGGAAGGUUCGGCUACAGAACCAAAUUUGGUUGACCAGUGUAGUCCUGUUGCAGAGGGUCAGCAGUCAUGUGGCUCUGCUACAAGCAGUGAGCAGGCAAACGCCAAUGUACUGAGUACUCCAAGAAAGAGGAAGGCUGACUUUGAUUUGCCAUCUAAGAAAGCGGAAGGUUCGGCUACAGAACCAAAUUUGGUUGACCAGUGUAGUCCUGUUGCAGAGGGUCAGCAGUCAUGUGGCUCUGCUACAAGCAGUGAGCAGGCAAAUGCCAAUGUACUGAGUACUCCAAGAAAGAGGAAGGCUGACUUUGAUUUGCCAUCUAAGAAAGCGGAAGGUUCGGCUACAGAACCAAAUUUGGUUGACCAGUGUAGUCCUGUUGCAGAGGGUCAGCAGUCAUGUGGCUCUGCUACAAGCAGUGAGCAGGCAAAUGCCAAUGUACUGAGUACUCCAAGAAAGAGGAAGGCUGACUUUGAUUUGCCAUCUAAGAAAGCGCGUGUAGAAGAAGGCCAUGCCUCCGCAGUGGCUGCACAUUACAAUGAGCUCCAGGAGUGUGGAUUGCAGCAGCGCAGUCAGUCUCGCAUCUUUUACCUAAGGAACUUCAAUAAUUGGAUGAAAAGUGCUCUCAUAGGUGAGUUUUUAGAAAAAGUACAAAAGAAGAAACAGAGAAACAUUGCGGUGCUGGAUCUGGGCUGUGGAAAAGGUGGAGAUUUACUAAAGUGGAAGAAAGGCAGAAUACAGAAACUUGUGUGUACAGAUAUUGCGCAAGUCUCUGUCCAGCAGUGUGAGCAACGCUACUCUGAUAUGAAACAUCGAAAUCGCCAUGAGUAUGUUUUUGAUGCUGAAUUUGUGACGGCAGACUCUACAAAGGAACUUUUGUCUGAGAAGCUGAGAAAUCCUGAGAUGACCUUUGACAUCUGCAGCUGUCAGUUUGUGUACCAUUACUCAUUUGAGACCUAUGAGCAGGCUGACAUGAUGCUGAAAAAUGCUUGCCAACGACUGUGCCCUGGAGGCUACUUCAUUGGCACAACCCCAGAUGGCUUCGAGCUGGUGAAGCGCCUUGAAGCCUCUGAUAAGAAUUCUUUUGGGAAUGAUGUAUAUGGUGUCACAUUUCAGGAAAAAGGAAACUAUCCACUAUUCGGAUGCAAAUAUGAAUUUAACUUGGAAGGUGUCGUUAACGUUCCUGAAUUUUUGGUGUACUUUCCAAUGCUGGUUGAAAUGGCAAAAAAAUAUAAUAUGAAAUUAAUUUACAAGAAGACCUUUCAGGAAUUUUUUGAAGAGAAGGUUAAAAAUGAGGAGCAGAAAAUGUUGCUGAAUAGGAUGCAGUCUUUGGAGCCAUACCCUCCUACUUCAAACUCCAGUUUAGUCUCGAAAAAGGAUGAAGAUUAUAAACAUGCUAGAAACCUUAAGGAGAGUGGCAAAGUUAGGCUGCCAUUGGGGACGUUAAGCAAAUCUGAAUGGGAAGCAACAAGUAUAUAUUUAUUAUUUGCAUUUGAAAAACAGACUUGAAUGAAAAUGCAUUCAACAAUUCAGAAAUUACGUUUUUUGUUUUUGUUAAGUUACUGUGUGUUCAUGUAAAGCGCCAGUUGCAAAUGCCUGUCUGUGAUGGGCUAAUUGUGAGUGUAUGUAUAUAUGAAAUACGGUCCUAAGUAUUUUCUAAGGAAACUUUGCUUUUCAUGCAGACUAAAAUAAAUAGGAAAAUAUUGUCUGAUGUGUUCAAAAAGUGUUUUAAAGUUAUAACAAAUAAUCGUGUUUACUUUCUGUUCUGGAAGAAUAGGAUACACUCAUCACCAGUGCAUAUUUCUGUAACAAUAUUGUAGUUCAUUUAAACAAACAUGCAAAAUUUAAAUAAAUGUCUGAAGUAAGUUUAGAA